CGGAGUCGGAAGUCGGAGUCGGAAACUCAAACUCUUCAACUCUUCUCCUCAUCGCUUCGGCUUCGCCUUCGUCCAUUUUUAAAGGGCUUUGUAAUUGUCACCAUGGUUGCACCAAAGAAACAGAAAAAGGCCAUGGAGAGCAUCAACUCUCGGCUGGCGUUGGUGAUGAAGUCUGGCAAGUACGUGCUUGGCCUGAAGCAGACGCUCAAGACUCUGCGGCAAGGCAAGGCCAAGCUGGUGAUCAUCGGCAACAACACACCUCCGCUCAGGAAAUCCGAGAUUGAGUACUACGCCAUGUUGGCCAAGACCGGCGUCCACCACUACUCUGGUAACAACAUUGAGCUGGGAACUGCUUGUGGAAAGUACUUCAGAGUGUGCACACUGUCCAUCACAGACCCUGGUGACUCCGACAUCAUCAGGUCAAUGCCAGAGUCUCAGCAGUGAUUAAUUAAUAAAGUGUGUUUUUAUUAAA